AUGGAAAAAUCCAAAGAAAUUCUAAAACUGGGAUUCAGCAUAAUCGGCUACGACCUAUUUUCCUCCUCAUCAUCUCCCAACAUUGGUUAUCUCAUAAGACGUUUCCUAAUGUUUGGUUCCCAUAUCCUUCUCACCUUCGUCUUUAUGUGGACCAUCUUCCAAUCUCCCGAAAUCGGUGUAAAAGUGUUCAACAUCAACACCACGUGCAUCUGUUUCAUCGUUUGGGCGCAAUCUGCCACACUCCUCACAUUUCGCCAAAAAAUUGCUUUUCUCAUCAAAGACAUCAUCAACACCGUCAACAAUGGAUGGACUCAUUUUGCUGUCUUUGAAUCGGAACUCUUUGAAAAAUGCAAACGAGUUAUCUUGAGAUCGUGUCAGGCGACAGCUGCGGGUGUCUGUGCCAACAUGUCAAUGAUCAUUUUAACGCCAAUCGUUACGACAUCAAAGUUUGCGUAUCCAGCCGAGUUUAGAUUUGACAAAGAAGAAAAGUGGAAUUUUGCGAUAAACACAAUUAAUCAAAUUCUUGGAUCGUUGUACAUUGCGACGUUUUUUAGUUUUUUCAGCUUAAUUUUCAUCUUUUUAACCGUUGGAGUGCUUUACAAACUUAAAGUUGUGGCAGCUUUGUGCAAAGUUAUAGGCCGAAAUCAGUCAAAUGACUCAAAUGACCUUCUCAAGGUCAUUCACGAUUUUCACCUAAAAGCUUUGAAUUUCGUUUAUGAACUCAACGAAAUUUUUAACGUUCCGAUUCUGCUAUGGGAAGCUUGCAUGAUUAUGGCUUCGUGCAUGUAUUAUGUCCUGAGUUUGGUUGAACCGACAAGAAUGAUUUCUUUUACGCCCGCAAGCAGCAUCUGUGUCUUUCAGUAUUUCAUUGUUUCGUUGCUGAGUACUUUGGUGAAAGAUGCCUUGCAUGAUGUCGCAAUGAAAUUAUAUGAGUCUGAGUGGUAUAAAUUGCCGCCGAAGACUUUGAAGGACAUGUUAUUGGUUAUGGCAAUGUCACAAAGAACGAAAAGUUUGCAAGUUUGGUCUUUGUCGGAAGCGAGUUUGGAGAGAUUUACAAGAGUUUUGAAUUUGGUCUACAAAAUUAAUUUGGCGAUUAAAUUUAUGGUGAAUUCUUAUUAA